AUGGUUGGUCAUACACAGCUGUGACUCUGUAUUAUAUCAAUAAGAAGCAUCAUUGUCUUUUUCUCCUGAAAAUAUCAUUUAGAGACAAGUAACCUAUAAAAUACAAGAUCUGGUCCGCAACUACAACAAAACACAGUUAAAAAUAACAGAUAGUGAAAAGUAGCAUUCACAGAAAUCACUGCUAUCGGAAAAUCGCAGUUUAGCCCAUCACUAUUCGAAUCUGACACUGACAGUAUUCCUGCUUUGACCAUCUGGUAGCACUGGUAGCAACUAUAGCCGGACAUAGUUUCAGUAGAGUUCUGCAGGUCUCGACCGCUACUCUCAACUGAAUUUAGCGUUUUUAUUAUUUCAUAGUUUAAAAGUUUCAUAUGCUCUUGAUUAGGCUAGUGAACUUCAAUAAUUUGACAUAAAGUAUAUUAAUCAUAAUUAAUGCACGAUCUACCUUCGUCCUUUUCGUUACUAACCAUAGAAGUUCUGAAAAUGUAUAAUGUCUUUGAUGUAACGUCUUUGACGUUCAAGCGUCAGUUGCUGUGUUGUGUUUAAGUUGUUAGGGUAUGGGCGUGGACAAAUUCGUAAUCCCAAAAAUGCGCUUUAAACUCAUGUUUAUGUUGUCCAUAGUGCUUUUGCAUAUAGCAUUGAUUUCAGCCAAUUGUACAAUUCCACCCGUUAUUCAAGAUUCAUGGUUUUCUUGGGAAAAUGGGAAGAGUACCAUUACGGAGAUCAACGGAGAUUCAAUGUCGAGGAAAGGGCGCUGCCUCGCAAUGAAAGAAGAAUACCAUGUCAACUACACGUUUGUUUUCAAGGAAGAUACGUUAACUUGUUAUAAUUGUGUGAAGCUCAUUGUACGGACAGUGAACGUUAUCGAGAAAAUAGAGACACCCUGUGUCACAAUUGGAGCAAAUGAAGAACCAACAGUUGAGAGAGUUUGCAGAGGUUUACAUUCGGAUCAACAGCUGAUAACACUUUUCUCAGAAAAUUAUGUGCCUGUUAAUUGUCGGUCCAGUUUAGAAGGAGUGUGGCAGUUUGCAUACCAGAAUCGCUUUCGUUUCACUGGAGAAUGCGAUCAUCCAGAUGCUCAGAUUCGUUCCUGUCAAACUGCUGGAACACAGUUUCUCAUCACAAAUCAGAAAUUUAAUAUAACUUACAAGAAAUGUCCCGGCAUGGAACAGACUUUUGAUGGAGUUGUUGAGUACAGUUGUUUAGGUGACUGGUUUGUGGACAAAAACCACUUCUUUGCAGUGGCUAAUACCAAAGAAUCCAGGAAAGAUGAGAAGUACAGGUGUUUCCUAAAAAAUAGGGAUGAUGAUCUUUAUAUUGGUGUGUCAAUUACAGCAGAAUGUAACACUCUGAAGACAGUGGAGAAGAGUCCAGAGAGACUCCGUGUUACAGCAGUAAAGGCUGAAGUGGUGGAACCAGGGUGCAGACUACCUCAGAAUUUCUCUGGUGAAUGGAUAAAUACUGCGAAUAUAGAUGCAGACAUAAUGAUUAAUGAAACUCAUAUCGUAGAAACUUGGUUUCCGGAUGAGGGAAGAUUUCGGCGUACAAUAUAUACUUGCCGUGAACAGAGGGGCACUCGUUACAUGAUGGCGAGGCUCACUGUUGAUGGCUGUCAGAAAGAUUAUGUGUGUUUUGAUUUUGUACCUCAGCACCAUAAUAUCAUCAGAUAUCGCCGUGGUAUAGCAGUUAUAAAAGAUGAUUUCCACACAGUCUGUUCUUGGGUUCAGUUCAAAAAUGAGGAAGCCUGGAAAUACAAUCUUUAUUUAUCAAAGAGGCCAGUACCUGUUCAGUGUCCUGUGGCAGGAAAAUUUAAUUUCACACAGCGUGGGGAUGUUCCAUUCGAAACCCGUAUUCUUGGAGGUGUUACACUGUCACCAAGGCCUAAUAUCUAUUGCAAACAGAAUAUAUCAGACUUCUCUGUGUGUGACAUUGAACAGAAAGAAAUUGCAAUUGAUGAAACUUACUGCCUUAGUGUGGAUCAUUUGGGAAGACCUGUUGAUAUUUACAGUGACCCUGAUUACAAGAUGAAAUGUAUUGGAUUCUGGAAAGAGAAUCUAAAAUCAUAUCUUAUAACAUAUGAUGAACUGGAUCCGUACAGCAAGUAUCGUUGUUGGGUAUACCAAAGAGCUGACCUUAACAGAGUUCUGAUGUCCCAAGCAAUAGGUCCUUACUGUGACCUGAAGCAGGAUGUUACUAGUUGGAAUUUCACCGAAGGUGCAGCAGUGGCUUUAGAGAUGCAAGAAUAUGAAAGAGAACGUGAUCAGUGUCCAAUGCACUUCGACGAUGGUAGCAAUCCCUGGUUGAAGAGAGACAACUACAUACAAAUUUUUAGGUUUGGCAACCAUGCAUAUUCACUACAGAAUGAGAUUAUUUGCAUAUUAAUGGGUCUUUUAUGUUCAUUAAUCAGGCUCAGGAUGAUUCUUUGACUGCCGUAAAUGUUGAGUGUUCUUGUUGGACCUGUAUGCAGGAAGGAUGUGGUAGAUUUUCUGCUCAUGGGCAUGUUGUUCUUUUUUAGCCGAUAAUGUGACAUAUUUUGUAUUUGAUUAAAUGUGUCCUGUGAAAAUAUCAGUUUUUACAUAUUUAUGACAGAUGAAUUGUUUUUAUAUUGAGACAUGUUACACUUAGAAGUGGUUUUUACUUAAUUAAUCUAUACAGUAACAUAAAAGCCGUGGACAACUUUGUAGCAGUUAAAGCCUGUUGAAUAUUAAGUGGUCUUGUUUGCAAUUUGAUCCCAAAACAGAAAUUGUGUAUCUAGUUGCUGUUAAAGGUGAAAUGCCAUGCACUGGGGGGAGUCAUUGUGUGCAGAGGGAAAUCAUUGUCACUUAUUUCAUCUUUUGUAAUUGCAUUUUGAUGAAAAGACUGUCUUCAUUACUGUUACUGUUACACUUAUCAUCACUGCUGUUUUAGUAGUAAGUGGAUAGAUUUAUGUUCGCAAGAGAAGUAUUGAUUCUCUCAGUAAUGUGAGUUUCGCAUUUGCAUGUAAUAUUUUCACAUGAUGUGGACACAAGCAAUUUAAAGUAUGAAAAAAUUAUUUUGCCAAGUGAUAGUAUAGAUGACAGUUUUUUUCUGUACUUUAAAUAUUCACAGGUUCUUAUGCACCAUAAUAUUAAUACAGUAAUGGUCUUAAAAUGUACAGCAUAUAACAAGUCAGAGGAGGUCUGUGAGACUUUCCCUAUUUAAAAAAAAUCAGUAAAUAUAUGAAAUGAGACCAAAGUCUCCCUAAAUUGUGUGUCAUCAGUUCUCUUGUACCGUGUUAUUUCUGUUGUUUCUGCAACAUUUGGUCUCGCACGUAGCAUAUUUGCCAGCUGUUUCUGUAAAAAUGUUCAGUGUGAACAUUGAUGUAUCAUCUCAAGUAUGACUUUUCAUAUUCUUUCCAAAUUUCUUUGCAAAUACUGAAGUAUUCCUUUAAAAAAAGGCAGGAGAAAAAGAAUAAAAGUUACUUCAACAUGUAUGUAAAUAAAAAGGUCUGUCCUUGUUACCUGUGUACUUCCAUAUUUACCAAGAUGUGUUGGUACACAAAUGUAACAACAGAAAAUUUUUGAUUAUUCAUUUAAGGCCACGGAAAUGAACUGAUUGUGACUGUUAUAGGUAUUCUUGAGGAAGCAAAUUUAGCAUAAGUAAAUCAAAUUUAAGUCAUGUAAUUCUUCAUAUGGAUGAAAGUACAACAACCUAUAUUAGAUUUAUUUUCGCCCCACCCCGUCCUCCAAUUUUGUCCUAUGUCAGAUCAGCUUCAUACUGGAUCAUGUUGAUGCAAUGUCCACAGUGUGCAAUUGCUAAGAAGCAACCAUCAAGAUCAUUUUUGUAUGAUAAAACAUGCUCAUCGUGCAUCUCAUGCCAUAGUUGAUUUAAUGCCAUGCCCCUGCUCCACUCAUCCCUUCUUUUCAACCAAUUCUAAUGUUUGCAUGCAUUUUCAGUAAUAUGUGGACUUAAUUUUAAAUCAUAGAACUGAAACUAAACUUUCAUAUGAUUUCAGUGCUGCUCACUGACACUUGUAACUACUUGUCUUUAUCAUUCUGAAGUAAUGUACCCAAAGCAUAAAAUUUUCCUUAAGUUAAUUAAAGGUUUUUAACCACACUAAUCCCAAUGCCACAGUUUUAAACAUUCAGAUUAAAAAUUAGUACCUUGUCCCCCAGGGAAAAUUACCUGAACUGGAGAUAAUUACUUCCUCCUUCACACAAUACUUCCAGUACAAGGAGAGUGACCUUGGCAGCAACUUUUCAUCCUUUAAAUAAUUGGAAUAUGAAUACUUAUCUUAAGCAGUAUGAAUCUAGAACUAAUGUAAAAGAGUCCCAUGUGUAAACUGACAUGAACUUGAUUAUCUAUAUGACAAUGAAUUUCAUUAUUCAAAUCUUCCUUAGGAGUUGGGGGUUAAGGAGACAUGCCUAGAAGUCAUUGGUUUUGAAUAGGGUUAUCACUCCACUGGUGCAUUUUAAUCACCAGUGUUUCAGAGAAAUUUACUUGAAUUUUCACAUCAGGUUCACGGCAUUGAUUACAUUUAUUUAACACGUUGACUGAUAGGAGGCUGAUGGCCACCACAGCAGAGUCUUGUGCCUAAUGUCCUGUAAUUGCAGUGCAUUGCAUUGCGUAUGCAGCAGUCAACAAGUUUAACAACACUGCCUUUAAAGUAAAGGAGGGUUGUGGAGACAUGAUGUAAAAUCACUGUUUUUAAAUAAGGUUAUCACCCAAAUAGUUUAUUUUAAUUACCAGUGUUUCAGAGUAAUGAACUGGAAUGUCCACAGUAGGUAUUAAUUAAACAUACUUAAAUAAUCCUGCCUUUUGUAGUCCCCAAUUAUACACACAUCAGUUAAUGUUGAUACAAUUAUAAUAUGAAUAUGGUAUUUGCCCAGUACUGUGGGGGGCACAACCUUCUUAAACAUUCAGCCAGUAAACUUGAAUCAUGUGUGUUAUACUGCUACCACAGUUUGAAUACAAGAAAUGCUGUAGGCAGUACAGUGUUGUUAUAAGUAAAAUUCUGCUUUUAAAAUGGAAAAAUAGCAGUGGAAAUGGUAUUUAAGAAAAUUAACACGGUUUAAAGUUUGUGAGAAAUAUGUACCUGUUGCUGUCUACACAAGUCCCUUAGUUUUUCCUCAAGGUUAGCUAAGUAAACCUAGAGCACACAUAUUUAUAGUAUGUAAUGUGUCUGAAUUUUAACAGUAGCCUCAGUUCAUGAAAUUUGUACUUAAUUAUUUGCUUUCAGUUGCUGGCAAGACCUAUUUAAAUGUGCAUAGGAAUAUUGUGCCUGACAUUAUUUUUAAAAAAUUUUGACAGUGAAAUCAAUUAGAUGUGUGUUUCUUGUAUCAUAAGCAAUAGUUAAGUCAUAUUGUUACCAUUUAAUACUAUCGUGGGAUGUGUUAUGCAUCAUUAGGAACAUAAUUUAUAAUGAAUUUGUGAUUGGCAGUAUUGAGUUUUAAGAUUUCAAAAAAUAUGAGGAUGAUGAAAAUAAAAAAGCAAUAACUGUGUGUUCCAUCAAUCCCAGAAAUGUUUGUGAUAAAUACAGAGCUGCAUAGAUAUUUUCAGGUCCCAUUAAAUGUACUUGCAAUAUCAUGAAAUGAUGUGGAACAUGUCAGUUGAUUUACGAAAAGACACAUUUUUCAGUGGCUGUUUGGUUGCACGAUGACCAUUUAUGAGUACAUGAGUAAAUUAUAUUUAUAUUUACAUUAAAUAUAAUUUAGUGAGAGUAUAAAUCAGUAAUAGUUGAUUUUUAAGUUCCAUUAAUUACUUUAGCCAUUUGCCAUGUUAUGUAUAUUUGUUAAUGCUAUCUUUAUCUGUAUAUAAAAUAUUAUAUUUUUCUUUGAUGUUUGAACUCCCCCCUCCACCCAAGGAAAGUUUGUGUUCAUUUAGUGGGAACAUUUUUGUAUCUUGCCUUUUUUAAACUAUUGUACUUCUCCAACCCACUAAAAGCUUCUAUAGGAUUGCAGGGUAAUUCAGAAAAAGUGUCAAAUAAUAAUCUUCCUCUCGCCCUUGUGCCACAAUUCUAAUCUUUAUUAUUUUGUGACUGUGCAAUGUCACCUAAAUUAUUAAAAUAGUUUUGUACGCAGUAUGUGGCAAUUGGUUCUCCAUGGCACUAUGGCAGCUCUAUCCAGCAGAUAUAAUGAGUGAGAUCUGAUUGUGAAUUUGAAUACACAGUUUUAACUGAAAACAGAGGAGUGUGUUUUAAUUAUUAAAAAAUGUUGAUGAAAAUAAUCAUUGUUUGAAAUAAUAAGUAUAAAUAAAAAUCAUAAACACCAAGUGAUGGCAGGAGAAAAUGCUUAAAAGAUGUGGAAAUGAAUGAGCUUUUGGAGCCAGUGGCUCCAUCUUGUUUCAGAAGGAUUGAAGGAAAGGACUGGUGAGAUUUAGUAAAUGGGAAGAGUUAUGGAAAAGUCACCCUGAACCCCAGUUCAGAGGAGCUUACUUGGACAGGAUGAGAAGAAAAGACUGGUAGUUAGUGCGUGCACCAAAUGAAAUUUAAAAACCUAGGAACUUAAAGACAAAAGAUAGAAUAAUAAACAAGAUAGAGAUUACUGAAAAAAAGAUCAUGAGGGUCAAUAAAAGCAGGAAGCUAAAUACAUUAUACAUAUAGGUAGUUGAGAAGGGUGGGGAUAAAUAGGCAACUCAUAAAAUAAAAAAUAUAUAAAAAUAAAAGGGAGUGAAGAAAAGGAAUAGUUACUCAAAACAAAUACUAUUACCACAGAAAUUCACAUCAAUUUUGAGGCAGAUGGGUGGUGAAAUCCGAGCACAUGUUGUAAAGUCAGUCCCACCUGUGGAAUUUUGAGCAGCUAGUGUCAGGAGGGAGAAUCCAGAUGGUACAUGUGGUGAAACGGGCUCUGCGGUCACAAACGUCACGUGUGUGCUCUGCAACAGAAUAUUGUGUGUUGGCAGUAUACACUAUCUGUCUGUGCCCAUUCAUUGUAACUGAUAACUUGAACUGGGCCCUUAUCAACUCUUUCAUGGUGCCCCCCCCCCCCCCCAGUAAUUACUAUAUAACUUGUUACCCUGUCUUCCACCUUUAAGUUCUCUCUCUCUCUCUCUCUCUCUCUCUCUCUCUCUCUCUCUCUCGCUCUCUCUCUCUCUCUUUUCUUCAAAUCUCAUCUGGUGCAGCCACCAACAAACUGUCUUUCCCUUUCAUCCCAUCCACUAAGUCUCCCCUGAUUUAUGACUUGUCCAUAUCUCCUCUCAUUUCCUGAAUCUCACUAGUCUUUUUCUUUCAUCUUUCUUCUUCCUCCUUCAACUCUUCUGCCAGAAGCUGGAGCCACUUGCUCAGAAAGCUCUCCUGUUUCGACAUCUUUGUGUGUUUUCUCUUGCCACCACAGGUGACUAAGAUUUUUAUGCAUCCAUAUUAUAAAAAUAAGAUACUAUUUGAGAUAAAUAUAUCACAGUUUUGUGAUACACAGUGUACUUUGUUUUGGAUGUUAUUUACAAAUAAAUGUGGCAAUAUUACUCACUAUAUUUAAUAAAACAUAGUAUAGUUUCUCUAUCAUUUUAUUAAGAUAAAAACAGUACAAACAUGUUUUUAGCAGCAGUAGAAAAUGAUACAUUUGUAAUGUAAUUAUUGAGAUUAUAAAGGUUCAAAGUAAAAUAUUGGAUCAGUCCGUCCAUUCUCAGUAUUUGAAUGUGUAUAGUUUAUGACAAGUAAUUCCUGUAUCAGUGUGGAUAGAUCCGUCCAUUCUCAGUAUUUGAAUAUGCAUUGUUGGAUGUCAAGUAAUUCCUGUAUCAGUUUGUGUGUUUGAAUGUGUCUGUGAUGGCUGGGUCUUAAUUUAAUGAUCUGCUAAAUGGUAACAGUGUGUUAUUGCAGAACUUACGUGAUUGUUACUGAUGUCACAUAUUCUAGAUUUAUCCAGUGGGAUUUGACAAAUUGAUUCUCAUUGAUGUCUGUUAGUAUUUUGACACAGCAGAAAUUCUGCUAGAACUUUUUCAUGGAAAGAAAAGUGUGCCUUACUUAUUUAUACAUCGUCGAAGUAGACAGGAAUAAGUAAUCCAAAAGUUUUAAAAUGUAUAGCAAAUGAUUUUGUUGCAGCUAUCAGUAAACUACAUGAAAUUCUGUUGUAUAAUGCACACAGAAUAUUAAUAACUCACUUUUAUAUGAGUGUUCAUUUUAAAUGGUUGUAUAUGAAGUUUUAUGUAGCAAACUGAAAAAUGUAAUGAUUUUUAACAUAUUGUACGUUAAUAAAAUUUUCUAUUCUUUGUAAUA